AUGGUCUUCUGCGGGAAACCAAGCAAGGGAUGUCACUCGUGUCGCACGCGCAAGAUCCUGUGCGACCAGGGCCGACCGGGCUGUUCGCAAUGCCUGCAGGGCGGCUGGGAGUGUCCCGGGUACCGCGACACGCUGUCGUUGAUGUUUCGCGAUGAGAGUGAGAGGGUCAUUCGCAAGGCGACGACGGGGUCGUCGUCAAAGCGCAGUCCGCAGACGUCGAAACGAUCUAGAGCAGCUCCGAGUCGUGCGCGACCGAGUCGCGGGAGAGUCGUCAAAGAUAAGGGGGUGGAGGAGAAGGGCAAAGGAAAGGGGAAGGUGCAACCCCGCAAUUCCCCAAAGGAUGAAGAUUCCGAAGGCGACUCCAGUUCUUUCGCUUUGACGUCCACGACGCCGACGACGACGAUUUCGACGAUCAGUACACCAGAGACGAUAUUUAUUGAAGAGUUGGUGACGCGACAACCACAGUCAAUACAGCCCUCCUGGCAACCGACUCAAAAUGAAGCGAUUAGCUGGUUUCUUCGGCAUAACGCGUGGCCUGGCGCCCUGUUUAUGAUCGAUUUCAACCCCGACGUUCUCGCGCAGAUGAACAUGUCAAUGAGUGAAAAGGCGCGGAUGGCCAGCAUUGUCUCCUGUGCAACAGCGCUGCUUGGUCGGUUACGGAAGUCGACAGAGCUGAAAGAGGUUGCGAGGCAGGAAUACGGGCACGCUUUGGGUCUUUUAACGCGAGCGCUCUCGAAUGAGGAGGAAUCGAGGACGAAUGCAACGUUAUCCGCGGUGCUUUUGAUGGCAUUAUUUGAGGUUAUUACUAGUCGAUCGCUUGACACGAUGGAGAAGUGGACGAGCCAUGUCUAUGGAGCAUCGACGUUGCUCGAGUUACGAGGUCAAAACGAGCUACAAAGUCCAGAAGGGCUGAAACUCUUUAUUCAGUUGCGCUUCCAAAUAAUUAUAAGCUGCCUCCAACGUGGCCUCCACGUCCCAAAAUCCGUGCUCGAAUGCAACAAAAUCGCCAUGUACCUCCGACCCCAAGUGGAAGCCUACUGUGACCGCAUGACAUACAUCUCCGGCCGACUAGCGAACCUCCGCGCCGACAUAUUCGGCGGCAUCCUCACGGACACCGAAGAGAUCCUCUCGCGAGCCUGCGCGAUGGAAGCAGAACUAAUCGCCUGGCUCGCAAUGGCGCCCCCCGAAUUCCCCUACACCGUCAUUGAACACCCACCCUCAACCUACUGGACUGAAUCCUCCGGGGUGCGACCGCCUCUCUACAACGACGUAUACCACCUCUACCACGACCUCUGGGUCUGCCAUACCUGGAACCAAUAUCGAUUCACACGUAUCAUCAUUUGUGAGAUUACUCUGAGUUGUUUCCGUCGGCUGCUCAGCUCGUCCCACGUUAGCGCACCCAGCGAGAUCCAGCGGCAGAUUAACCUGCUACGCAAAACAACGCGCGAACUCGCCCUCGAUAUCUGCGCCAGCGCGCCAUACCACUUCGGGGCAGACAGUGUUACCGGCGAAGAGAGCCGACGAAUACCUGACUCCCAGAUCUAUGUCGGAGGCAUGCUCCUUCUCCUUCCACUCUCCAUCGCAGCAACCACAGAGAACCGAGAACACUCGUUGCGAAAAUGGAUCGGGAACUGUCUCAGCAUUCUCGGGCACGGGAUGGGAAUUGACCAAGCGUUCGCGAUCCUCGAAAAGCUAGACACUGAAGCAGGGUGGUUCGAGGACCUGGAAGACACGGACGAUGGAGUCGUCCUGCUAGGGACGAAUCGGGCCAAGGAUAAUCAAAUUCUAUUGGGGACGUGGAGUUCCAUGAUCAAUGCGAGUGUUUCGAACAGUUACGAUGGUUUUGAUGGAGGUGGGAAUUGGAAUAUGAAUUUUCCUGCGGCUGGGUGGGAAUAG